AUGAAUCCUUAUUGGUGCCCCCGAUUCCUCCCCAUCCUGUCCCACCACUUCGUGCGCUGCCGUAUUCCCCCACAACGCGCGCGCCAUUCCGCAUUGACCGCCUCGCGCAACGCCAUUCUCCGGGAUUGCCCCUUGUCCCUGUAUGCCGCCAGUACGCCCAGCUAUCGGAAUCCUGACCAUACUGUGUUGAACGAAGCACUGAUACUAGUAAACAACGGCUUUUGCUUUCCCGAAUUCCAUCCCUUCUUUGACCCCGACUACAUGGCACUUUGUUCUUCUUUGAGAGACUCCAUGAGCCAUGAUCUCCAGGCGCCCGCAGAGCCUCUUGCCUCUCUUCAAUACCCCUUCAAUCUAUAA